CAAAGAGAGUGUAGAUUUGUUGCACUAUCCCAAAAAAAUCUCUUAGGCUAUGACUACCACGAGUGUAGAAUGCUCUAGGAUUUACAUCCAAAGUCUUUUUCGGCUCAGCGAUCCUCCGGUAGUUCAGUGCGACCCAGUUCGUAGGAACUCCUGCGGGAAAAUAGUCCGGCGCACAAUUGGGUUCUUCUCCGGCGAUAUCUCUCCGGCUAGAUCUGCCGCUGCUCAAGAAGAAAGAAAAUGGCGGCCUCGUUCAGAUGGAUCUUGCAGCUACACAAGGACGUCCCGAAAGCUGCUAAGUUUUACUCGGAAGGAUUGGGUCUCACGAUCAAUGUCUGCACUCUUCGCUGGGCCGAACUCGAAUCUGGCCCUCUCAAACUCGCUCUCAUGCAAUCCCCCAGCAAUGAUGUUGCAGAGAAGGGAUAUUCAUCACUUAUAUCCUUCACAGUAUCUGACAUCAACCAUACCGUGACAAAACUGUUAUCAUUAGGUGCAGAGUUGGAUGGUCCAAUCAAAUAUGAGAUUCAUGGGAAGCCUGCAGGGGAUUCAAACUCGCUACUUUAGAGAUCUUCAGUGGUUUGAACUUUGAACAACCCGGAAGGUUAAGCUUAACAUUGUUGUGAGGAUUAAUAAGUUCUGAUUAUGAAAGAAUUGAUCAUGACCAGGAAGGGGAUAUUACUCACUUUAGCUUGAGUGUUCAAAAUGUGCAAUGCAGAGUGAGCCUUGUACUCUUGUGCCCCCGCAUACAGUGCACACGUCAAACACUCAUUGGCUAGAGCACUGACGCAUUUUCUCCACGUUUCGGUGGCAGGUUGCCGCUGUGAGGUGUGCCGAUGGGCACAUGGUCGGUCUUCACGAGCCUGUCUAAGAGAGACAUGAGAGAAUGGAUGAUCCUAUUUGGGGUGUAGCAAAUGCAUAUGGGAAAACUCACUGGAAUUUCGUAUCUGCUCAACUAAACGGUGAUGCUUUUCUGUUGAAGCAUGCAACUGUAUCGGACAUGAUGAAGAACAACUACAGUAGAACUAUUGGUCUUUGAGGCUGCUACUAGUAAUAAGCUGAUGAAAGCAAUUUGAGGUAAAUGAGUUUGUAUUUUAUCCCGUAGUUUUUAAAUGGAGACCAAGAACAAAAGAGUGGAAAAAACGAAGUACUCGUAAAUUGUUUUAUUUUUUGUAGAAUGAGAUAGACUUUCAUCUGUAAUUCUAUUUCGUUUUAACUCAAGAGGUCAUAAAUUAUCGAUUGAAAUUUGAAUGUGCAACAUUGAAAGAAAGAAAUAUAAAACUAUUUCUUGUCUACG